GUAAACCGCGUGCUUUCCUGCACAAAAUAAAGGUGUAAAGGGUUAAAGAUGAUCUCGGCAGCAGAUUCACAUUCAGCAGGUUUGCUCUCUCCAGUAGUUGCAUCGCUCCGCGGGCAGCGCUGCUCGCUCCGAUAUUUCAACUCGCUGUGGAUUGUGGGAGUCGAGGACACUGCCCAGGCUUGUUCCCGGAGAACCGGAGACAUUUUUUCCCCACUGUGUUUUAGCCAGACUCUGGUAGCUGUCCAGGCACCAUGUCCAGCCGAGGAGGAAAGAAGAAGUCGACCAAGACAUCCCGGUCUACCAAGGCCGGGGUCAUCUUCCCCGUGGGUCGCAUGCUGCGCUACAUCAAGAGGGGCUUGCCCAAAUAUCGCAUCGGGGUGGGAGCCCCUGUCUACCUGGCUGCUGUUCUCGAGUAUUUAACUGCUGAGAUCUUGGAGUUGGCAGGUAAUGCAGCCAGAGACAACAAGAAGGGUCGCGUCACACCACGACACAUCCUGCUGGCCAUCGCCAACGAUGAGGAGUUAAACCAGUUGCUGAAAGGUGUGACCAUCGCAGCAGGUGGAGUCUUACCCAACAUCCAUCCAGAGCUGCUGGCUAAGAAGAGAGGAGCAAAGGGAAAACUGGAGACACCCGUGUCACCCGCUCCCGAGAAGAAAUCCAAGCCAGUCAAAAAAACAGCGGCCAAGAAAAUGAGUGGGAAAAAGGGAGGAGCUAAGGCUAAGAAGCAGGGUGAGGUGAGCAAGGCAGCGUCGGCAGACAGCACCACAGACGGAUCUACAGUUGACAGCUUCACUGUGCUCUCCACCAAGAGCCUCUUCUUGGGUCAGAAGUUGCAAGUUGUCCAAGCCGACAUUUCCAUCGUGGAGAGCGACGCUGUCGUUCACCCGACCAACUCCUCCCUCUAUUCAGGUGGUGAAGUAGGCUCAGCUCUGGAAAAAAAGGGAGGGAAGGAGUUCACUGAAGCCUUGUCAGAGCUGAAGAAGAAAAACGGCCCUCUGGAGGUGGCUGGCGCCGUGUUGUCCGGUGGCUUCGGUCUGCCUGCUAAGUACGUCAUCCACUGUAACAGUCCGGGCUGGGGCUCCGACAAGUGUGAGGAGCUGCUGGACAAGACGGUGAAGAACUGCCUGGCUCUGGCCGAUGAGAAGAAACUCAAGUCUGUGGCUUUCCCCUCUAUCGGUAGCGGGAGGAACGGUUUCCCGAAGCAGACGGCGGCCCAGCUGAUUCUUAAGGCCAUCUCCACCUACUUCGUGGCCACCAUGUCUUCCACCAUCAAGACCGUCUACUUUGUGCUGUUUGACAGCGAGAGCAUCGGGAUCUACGUGCAGGAAAUGGCCAAACUUGAGACGAGCUAAGAGUUUGCAGUAAACGGCUCCUUAUCCCUCCUCCCAACCCCCACCCUGUUUUUUUCCUGCAAGGAAAUAGGAAGGUGUUUACUAGUGAUUUGUUUUAUUAUCAAAAGAAGAAGAAAAAGAAGAAUCUUUCUAAAGGCCGGGAACUUCUUUGCAUUAUGUUUGUAUUUUUCCUAUAUUGUUUUUAAAUUCUUAUUUACAUGUCACCUCUGACAUUUAAAUGUAAAAUUGCACUGUUCAUUCUGCGGUCUUUGAUUACAAACAGUGCCCUAGAAAAAAGCGAUUCAACAAGUGAUAAAGACUCACUUAAAGAUUUAAUUUUCAUGGUACAUGCAGUAAAAGAUGUUUUGAGAGAUAGCUACACCUCAAUAUCCAGGCUUCCAGAGAAGUCUGAUGAAUACGGGUUAAUGCAUGUAAUGGCAGUAAAGAUAGUAAAAACAGCUAUUCUCUUUCUUUUUAUCUCGAAAACACAAAACAUUUAAUUGAGUGUAUUUUUUGGUAUCGGUUGUCUGUUCAUUGUUAACAGUACUGUAUAAUGAAAAGUUCAGUUCGCUCUACUUUAGUCUUGAGGAGACUGAUAUAACAGAAGUAUGGAAAUGGGUUUAUGGUUUUGUGUUGUGUGUUGCAAAUUCCUGUGUUUGCCUUUCUUUAUACAGGCAAAAAUUUUGUUUCGUUGUGUGCUGCAGAGACUUUGAAUUUCCCCAAAAACUCAAUCAGUAGAAAAAAAAAAUGAAUUGACGCCUUUAUGUUAUAAUAAUCAUCUUGAUACCAGCGUCAUAAGUUUAUACUGUCAACUGAACACCUGUUGGUUGUCAAUUGCAGUAAUAAUAACUCCGUAUAUGAAGUAAUGUGGUAAAAUUUGAGGUUUUUGCAGGGCACGAAUGGUUUAUAUUGUGUGUUCCUAUCAAUGUUUAUAUAGAUGGAGUAUUUGUGAAAUGGUAAAGUAAAAUAUUGGACUGUAACAUAGAUUUUUAUUUUCUAUUUUAAUUGAUUCAAAAAGGCACAGAUGGUUUGAAACAAGAAAAAAAAACUAGCAAGAGAGUUGUUUUUUUUGUUGUGUUUUGUCUUUGUUAAGCCAUAAAACAGAUGUGCUCAUUACUGCUGGAAAAAGACACUCUCUGCUGUCGCUUUCGGUUUGCUCUUUCAUUCAGCCGCCACUAGAUGGCUCCCUGUAAUCAAGAAUUGGAUUUUUUCAUCUCAGCCAUUUUCUGUGCAACAGCACUGCAGCCUCUUCACACAGACGCUGUUUGACCUGAGUUGGAUUUGAAUUGGGAUUGACGGACAUAUACAUAUA